GCACGCCCGGCCUCGGCCGGCUGUCCCCCCGUCCGACCGGCCGGCCGCCCCGCACCCCCGCACCCGGCUCAGGAAGUUUGUACCUGCACAUCAGAGACGGCACUGAGAGAGCAACUUCCUGGGGCGAUGCCGAGGCGACCCCAGUUAUGUCAUGCCCAGACCAUCAGAGGGCCCCAUGAGGAUUUUUAGAAGAUGCCCCGGGUCUUGGCGCCCCUGGUGCUCCUCCUGGCAUGGCUGAGGGCUGUGUCUGGCAGUCCACACUCCCUGCGGAUCGCUGCCAUCUUGGACGACCCAAUGGAGUGCAGCCGAGGCGAGCGACUGUCCAUUACCCUGGCCAAGAACCGAAUCAACCGGGCUCCGGAGCGGGCGGGGAAGGCCAAGGUGGAGGUGGACAUCUUCGAGCUUCUGAGAGACAGUGAAUACGAGACAGCUGAGACCAUGUGCCAGAUCCUCCCGAAAGGGGUGGUGGGAGUCCUGGGGCCCUCCUCCAGCCCGGCCUCCAGCUCCAUCAUCAGCAACAUCUGCGGGGAGAAGGAGGUGCCCCAUUUCAAAGUUGCCCCGGAGGAAUUGGUCAAAUUCCAGUCUCAGCGGUUCACCACCUUGAACCUCCACCCCAGCAACACGGACAUCAGCAUGGCAGUCGCUGGGAUUCUGAACUUUUUCAACUGCACAACAGCCUGCCUCAUCUGUGCCAAAGCUGAAUGCCUGUUAAACCUGGAGAAGCUGCUCCGUCAGUUCCUCAUCUCCAAGGACACGCUCUCCGUCCGGAUGUUGGAUGACAGCCGGGACCCCACGCCGCUCCUCAAGGAGAUUCGGGACGAUAAGACGGCCACCAUCAUUAUCCAUGCCAACGCCUCCAUGUCCCACACCAUCCUCCUCAAGGCCGCCGAGCUGGGAAUGGUGUCGGCCUAUUACACGUACAUAUUCACGAAUCUGGAGUUUUCUCUCCAGCAGCUGGACAGCCUUCUGGAUGACCGGGUUAACAUCCUGGGAUUCUCCAUUUUCAACCCAUCCCAUGCCUUCUUCCAAGAGUUUGCCCACAGCCUCAACCAGUCAUGGCAGGAGAACUGUGACCACGCUCCCUUCACGGGGCCUGCGCUGUCCUCUGCCCUGCUGUUUGACGCCGUGUACGCCGUGGUGAGUGCCGUGCAGGAGUUGAACCGGAGCCAGGAGAUCGGUGUCAAGCCCCUGUCCUGUGGCUCGGCCCAGAUAUGGCAGCAUGGCACCAGUUUAAUGAACUACCUGAGAAUGGUAGAAUUGGAAGGUCUCACCGGCCACAUCGAAUUCAACAGCAAAGGUCAGAGGUCGAACUACGCCCUGAAAAUCCUGCAGUUUACAAGAUACGGCUUCCGGCAGAUUGGCCAGUGGCAUGUAGCUGAAGGGCUGAGCAUGGACAACCACCUGUCCACCACCAAUAUCUCAGACAGCCUCUUCAACACCACUCUGGUUGUCACCACCAUCCUGGAAAACCCGUACUUAAUGAUGAAGGGGAACCACCAGGAGCUGGAAGGCAAUGACCGCUAUGAGGGCUUCUGCGUGGACAUGCUGAAGGAGCUGGCAGAGAUCCUGCGCUUCAACUACCAGAUCCACCUGGUUGGGGACGGCGUGUACGGUGUGCCCGAGGCCAAUGGCACCUGGACGGGCAUGGUCGGAGAGCUGAUUGCCCGGAAAGCGGACCUGGCGGUGGCGGGUCUCACCAUCACAGCCGAGAGGGAGAAGGUGAUCGAUUUUUCCAAGCCGUUCAUGACUCUGGGAAUCAGCAUCCUUUACCGAGUUCAUAUGGGCCGCAGACCUGGCUAUUUCUCCUUUCUGGACCCUUUCUCUCCGGGAGUCUGGCUGUUCAUGCUCCUCGCCUACCUGGCUGUCAGCUGUGUGCUCUUCCUGGUGGCUCGGCUGACACCUUACGAGUGGUACAGUCCUCAUCCGUGUGCUCAGGGUCGCUGCAACCUCCUGGUGAACCAGUAUUCCCUGGGGAACAGCCUCUGGUUUCCUGUGGGCGGCUUCAUGCAGCAAGGUUCCACCAUCGCCCCCCGUGCCCUAUCCACUCGCUGCGUCAGCGGAGUCUGGUGGGCGUUCACCUUGAUCAUCAUCUCAUCCUACACGGCCAACCUGGCGGCCUUCCUGACCGUGCAGCGAAUGGAUGUGCCCAUCGAGUCCGUGGACGACCUGGCCGACCAGACGGCUAUCGAGUAUGGCACAAUUCAAGGAGGCUCCAGCAUGACCUUCUUCCAAAACUCCCGCUACCAGACGUACCAGCGGAUGUGGAACUACAUGUACUCCAAGCAGCCAAGCGUAUUUGUGAAGAGCACAGAGGAGGGGAUCGCCAGGGUGUUGAAUUCCAACUAUGCCUUCCUGCUGGAGUCCACCAUGAACGAGUAUUACCGCCAGCGCAACUGUAACCUCACCCAGGUUGGGGGGCUACUGGACACCAAGGGCUAUGGGAUCGGCAUGCCAGUAGGCUCUUUCUUCCGGGAUGAAUUUGACCUGGCGAUUCUCCAGCUGCAAGAGAACAACCGUCUGGAAAUUUUGAAGCGAAAGUGGUGGGAAGGGGGGAAAUGCCCCAAAGAAGAAGAUCACAGAGCCAAAGGCCUGGGGAUGGAAAACAUUGGUGGAAUCUUUGUGGUUCUUAUUUGUGGUUUAAUUGUGGCCAUAUUUAUGGCUAUGCUGGAGUUUUUAUGGACCCUUCGGCAUUCAGAUGCGGCAGAGGUGUCGGUGUGCCAGGAGAUGGUCACGGAGCUACGCAGCAUCAUCCUGUGUCAGGACAGUGUCCCCCCCCGCCGGCGGCGUGGGGGGGCCUCCCGGACCCAUGCCCCCAUCCCAGAGGAGCUGCGGCUGCGAGGAGGACCCCCCGUGCUCAGCAACGGGCAGCUGUGCAGUGGUGGUGGCAGCCAGCCGGACCCGCUGGCCCAGAGACUGGCGCAGGAGGCUGCCUUGGUGGCCCGCGGUUGCACCCACAUCCGGGUGUGCCCCGAGUGCCGCCGCUUCCAAGGCCUACGUGUCCCCUUGACCCCCGUCACGGUCCCGGCCCCAGCCCCGGCCCACAGUGACGACAGCCUCCAGUGGGACAAAGCCACAAGCAGCAGCGGGCCAGACUAGGCCCCCACCCGCUCAGUGGCCACGAAGGAGCCCAGCACGGACUUGUACAGCGUCCAAACUCCUGUCCAUCUUCCCCAUGCUAGAAAUGGUCAAAGCCCUAGCUGGCGGCCCACCUUCCGCUCCGACCGGAAAGCUGGAUUCACCGUGAGGCUCGGCCAUCAGCUGGCGGCAGAGAUGUCCGCUCUCCUCCUGGAUCUUGGCCCUUCAGUCGGGUUGGGGUUGCAGGGGCAUGGGGUGUCCCACAGUCCUCCCUCGGGAAGGGGGCCCUCUGGGAAUCCCAGAGACACUUUAAGACUCACCAGGGAAGUUUUUUCUUUUCUGGAUUUUGGGUUGUCCUUCCUCCUUCCGUACUUUUGAUUUACGGGUUCUUUGUUGUUGUUUUUUCUGGUCAGGGGACGAGCGGGGCUAGGGAAAGGAAGAAAUAAAUAACCUCUAUUUUUUUUUCUUGUACUUUAGGGUCUGGAGUCUCCAGUUCAUCAGGUUUCAGGUGCAGAACUCUCCUUCCUAUGCAGUGAGAUGGGGGAUAGGCCACGGGGCCUGACAGAAGGGGGUGGAGGGGCUCAAAUUAAGUCCAUUCGAAGAGUUGGUCUAUAAAAAUGCCAAAAACAAAUCAAUACACACAGAGAACUCAGUGAGUCCUUGAAAUGCCUGGAAUUUCAGGGGUGCAGUGUAUUUUUCCUUUUUUUAACCCUGUUGUUUUUAAAUUCAUUUUUGUUUGGUUUGAUUUGGUCUUUUGUGAGCAGGGUGGACUGGAGUAAGUGAGUAGGAGUGUGGGAGGGGGCUCUGUCUGAAAGUGGAAGGGCCAGGGUUGGGGUUCCCCCAAACCUGGGCAAUGGAAUGAUGACAGGAAUCAACCAAACACUGUGUGUGGAAUAUUGGACUAAGCACUUAGGAGAGUCCAGUACAUUAGAGUUGGUGGACUCUAGGAGGUCCCUGCCCUCAAGGAGGUUCCAAUCUAGUGGAACCAACCCAUUGGAUAGGGCUCUUCUGUCUGAUCAUCUCCUCCCAUGUCCUUUCUUUACCCUCUAGACUGUAAGGUCCCUAUGGGCAGGGAUUGUGUCUUCCAACUCUGUCACCCAGCGCUUAGAACAGUGCUUUGCACAUAGUAAGUGCUUAAUAAAUGCCAUUAUUAUUAUUAUUAUUUAUACUGUACUCUCUCAACCUCUUAGUACAGUGCUCUGCACCCAGUAAGGGCUCAAAAAUACCAGUUAUUAAAUCACAAACUCGGCUGCCCCAAGCCACUCUCUGAAGCGGAUGUCUCGGGGCCAUCUUGGGUUGGGAAUGUUCUCAUUACCAGACAUCUAAUGGUAAAGGCUCUCGGUAUGAAGACCGAACCAAAGAUCAGGAAGAUUACGCAGGAGCGCCCUUGAAUCUAGAAGUUCAGGAACUGGGAAUUUCCGAGUCUCAAGCCCAGCACUGACAGUGGUCCUUCUGGACUGGCUUUGGGCAGAUCGCCUGAUCCUCUCUUCUUCAGUUUGUCAUCUCCUCACCAGUCUUUUUGGUAUAUCAAGAAGAUUCGCUGAUUAAGGCUGUAUUUACAAAGUUUUUUUUUAAGGGUAUUUGUUAAGCACUUACUAUGUGACAGGCACGCUACUAAGC